AUGAUUAAGAUUCAAACGAGAACAUUCUCCCAAGUUUCUAGGUUGCUCAACGUAAAAGCACCGAGAUUUACUCAGACGCUAAAAGAAGCUAGUAAGCCGGCAUUAACCAAAUCACAUCUGAUUACGAGACCGUUUGGGUUGGAUUCGGGUGUAAUGAUCAACCAGACAAACCACGGCUCGGGUGGGUCUAUUCAGGACAAGAUUUUUGGGUCAGAGGCUAAAGAGAGAAGACAAAAGCAGUUGGACUACGAAAUCGCCCAUUCUCCAUUCUACGAGUCUAAGUCGUUUACCAAUACCAACGGGAAGAUUUUCACGCCUCCGGUAUCGUUCUUCAAACGUGAAAAAUCAAAGUAUUUUCCUAAUUUUGGGGGUGCUACGGUGGAUGGCCGGGAUCAGACGUUAUUCGGAUUGUUAGAGGGCAAAGUCAGUAUUGUGCGCUUGUAUUCGACUGUAUCGGGCGAAAAGUGUUCGGAGACGUAUUUCAAUGUGGAAGGCAAGAAGUACUUGACGUCGGGAUAUGGUGCUUUUGAAGCGGAGCAUCCAAUGUCACAAAUUAUAGAUAUAAAUAUUCCUCAGAACUGGUUGAAAGGCCUUCUCGUUAAAUUAUCUAGUGGCAGCAUUAAAAGAUCACUUCCCCAGCAACGUCAGAGCAAGUACUUUAUAGUGUCGGACAAGUUAUUUCUGUUUGAUAUCAAACAGAAGUUAAUGUGUGACAAUACGUGUUCUGGUUAUAUAUAUGUUCUUGAUCACCAGGGACGUAUUAGAUGGGCCACUAGUGGAUACGCCGAUCCAGCAGAACUCAGUUUGAUGUGGAAGUGUGUUAGGGGCCUCGAAAAAGAGUUAAAAUCCUUGUCAGUUUAA